AUGACCCAAAGAGAACGGAUGGAUCCAACAGUCAUCCUCCUGUCUGCUCUUCACCGUAUCCUUGAUGCUGUGGAAGUGUGCCAAAGGCUGCACAUGUCUCCGCGACAACAGGCUUCACUGUCUCCCGAGGACAGACUUGCAAGAGAGAAACUCUGGCCCCUAGUGGAGAAAGAAGGGAAAGAAGGGAAGAGAGCCACCCUCAUCGGUCCCUUCGCGCUGAUCGAUGGAAAGAAGAUGAACUACUGGGAUGUGAAGUUAUGCAUUUGGUGUUUGAAAUGUAGCCUCAUUCCACUCUCCAGCAUCCUCAUGUUUUGGUAA